AUGACUGACACAGUUGACAACGUUCAAGUCCUCACUGACAAUCUUAGUGACAAUAAUAACACUUCAACAUUCACACAACAUAGUUCGUUCGUAAAUCCCGCACAACCUGACAACGUAAUAACACAACACGAAGUCGAACAAUCAAACAAUCUACCCGGGCACAAUAAUAACGAACUUUUCACCGAGUUUAAUAAAACCGAAGCAGAAGUAAACAUGACAGACGCCAUUUCUCGAGCAGAAACUGGAAACCGCCAUCUUGAAUGUCAAGGCCAACAGAAACAGCAACAGCUGCCGCCGAUACCGGACUUCGCCGACGACAACACCCGAACGCCUCCGAAGACAUCCGAUGUUAUCCCGUCUCAUUCUCCCUCCACACUUACAAGACAGCUGAUUCUAACAAACUCUAACUAUGACGUCACCACAUCUGUAAAUGCCUCACCAACUAAGACGACAGUCGUUACGGAUGAUUUUCAAUGCAAAUUAAUUUCAUUAUUUGAACUGCUUGGAAAUAAAAUCGAUAAAGGUCUAAAUGAAGUAAAAACUGAAGUAGCUAGUGUUGAAAACAAACUUAAUAAGGGCCUAAAUGAUGUCAAAAACGAGGUUAAAAAUGAAUUAAAUACUAAAUUUAACACUCUAUCAGAAAAUCAAAACAACAUGCGCAAGGAACUAGACGAAAUCCGUGCUAUCCAACAAGUACAGACUUUGGAACUACAACAAAUUGAACACAACAUAAUUAAAAAGGUGUAUAAACAGAAUGAUGAAAUUAGAAAAGAAGUGUCCAAUAUUGUAGCUAAUGAGCGCAUUAAGACCAAUCAAAUCAUCACUGACGAAAGUCACAAAAUUGAAACCAAACUAACCCUAAACAUCAAUGAAACAUCCCAGAACACUAAAUCAGAUUUAGAAAAUUAUGUAAAUUUAAAAACCACUGAAAUAAGAAAUGAAUUGGCACCGGUAGUUGAAUACAACCAAAACACAAUUCUGCAAACAACAGAAACACUUAACCAAGUAACAAACCUCAUACAAGAACAAGAAGCUAAAUUUACUAAUAUUAAAGCCGACCUUGAACAAAAGCUGAAACAGGAAACCACUUUUCUACCCCCUCAAAUCCAUGUAACCUGUGGAAGUUCAAUCUUAACCAAUGAUUUGACUUUACCUAAAUUCAGUGGUCGAUCCCAUAAUCCCCCGGAAUAUCUAACACGUCUGAAGAGAUAUUACCAAAAAUUACUUUCACGGCAAAGCACUGAGCAAAACCCCAUCGAAAUCUUAAAAGACGUUCUUGAAACAAGCCUUGAACACCAAGCUUCACGAUGGUUUUCAUUGGUAAAAAAUGAUUUGAAGUCAUGGGAAGAUUUUGAAACACAAUUUAUCUCCAAGUAUUGGAAUCGUAACCUUCAACGGGCAAUCAAGCACAAAAUCGAAUCCGAACAAUACAAGCCUAACGGAAAGUUAACUCGAUCCGAGUAUUUUAUUGAACGAGUCAUCACGCUACGAUCCCUCACUCCAGCGCUGACUGAAGAUGAAAUAGUCGCUAUUUUGUCAGACCAUUUUUGCCCACUUAUUCAAGACGCACGACGUGUGCAAAAUGCAAGCAGUGUGUACGAGUUUGAAGCAAUACUUCAACGACAAGAUCUACACGACGCAGAGAAACGGCCUAAAAAUAACUCCAGUCCAACACCAUCUCACAAUAAUCAAAAUCGGAACGAUCAUCCUAAUAACUACCAUAACAAUCGGAGGAACUACCAAAAUCGACCCAGCUUUCAAGCUCAAAAUCACUAUCAGAACACUAAUCCCCAUACCUACAAUCCAAAGAUAGAAAAAUCUCAGUACUAUCAAAACCACCGGCCCCAACAUAAUCCAAGUUGGCAGCCAAGAAAUCCACCACCACCACAACAACAGCGAGGCAAUGUGAAUUACAUGACGGUUACUCACAAUCCUCAACAUAACACGAAUCAAUUCCACGACCGUGAGUACCCAACAUCAGAGCAAGUCCAAAUGUGUAAUUCAAUUUCGCAAGUUCCUUCACAACACCGACCGCCUAACAGUACGACACAACCGUACAGCGGGCAGCCGCCUUUAAACGGGUAG